CAGUCGCGUCCUGCGCGCUGUAGGACGCACAGAAGAUCAGCUGAGCAGCGUUUCCCUCUCGGAUGAGGAUCAGACAGAGCUGUGGUUCGGACUCUCUCUCGUCUUGUACAGUUUAGAUGAGUUCGGCUCCGUUUUCACACGUUAUUUAACAUUUUGUUUAGCGGACCUGCUCUCGCGGAGGAGAUGUUGGACAUGGUCGCAUCGCAAAAAUGAACACAGACUGCACCAAGCCUUCUGUUGCUCCAAAGCCAAGAUUUGUUUGUCACGCCAGCCUGAAGCUGCCCUCCCCUCUCAUGUCCGCAGCCAGGGGUCCCAAACCCUUUAUAGCCCCAAAACCCAAAGUCACACCAGAGCUUAAUGGCAACCAGGGAGGAUGCAUCAAUGGCGGGUUAUUAAAUUCUUAUGGCGAGGACGACCAAGAGCAUGAGACAGAAAACGAUCCAAACAAAGUGGUUGCUGCAGAGAAACACUUUAACGGCAACAUCCUUGUUUCCCCGCUACAAGAUGUCCAUGGUGCAGGUGACAGAGAGGUGACGGAGGAGGAAAGUGAAGAUGAAGAAGAUGGGAUUCAGAAGAUGGACGAGGACUGGAGGUUAACUGACAGUGUUCUAACAGGGGAGGUGGACUCCCUGGAAACACUUUUGGUCAGUGAUGCCGGACUCACAGCUGACUCUGAGGAUGUGGUGGACAUGGUUGACACGGAUGUGACGGAAGACAUGGACGCAGAAGGUUGUGACGCAGGCGAGGCACUGGCCGACACAGAUGGCCUCUCAGUGGGAGACAUUUCUGUUAAUAGCAUUGAUGAGGAUGCAGGCUGCUAUUCUGCUCGGGACAUGAGUGACAGGCGGGAAAAGCUCCAGAUGAAAGAGGAUGAAACAGGUGACUGUACAGCUGACGAUUUAACCGAAUCACUAACAGAUGAACCUGAUGUUCCGAACAGUGAAAACAUGAAGGAUACUGAUACACAACAACAAGUGUUACUAACAGAUAUAGAGGAGACAGAAGAGGAAUCUGCUCCUGAUUGUGGCAUCACUUGUAACAUCCUGCAGUUUAGAUGUGGCAAUAAAAUGAAGGAGAAGGGCGACAACCUACAGAACAUUAGUUUUUAUGACUUUAUCCCCGAAGACCAGGAGCAGCUCAGUGGCACAACUAAGAGACAUUUUGCCCUUGAAGAUGAUCCGACUCAUGAGCCUUAUUACGUCUCUUCAAAGGACAUUAUUAACAGAGAGAUGAUGCCAAAGAAUAAAAAAGCUCAUGACCUACCACAGAGUACUCUUUUGUCAAUUAACAGCAGUGGAAUUUCAACUGGGAAAUAUGAGAAAAAAAAAGAAAAUGAGGAUUACGUGGAGGUGAGUAACAGUCUUGAGUUCAGCCGGGAUGAAAACAACAUGAGACCACAUCAGAAAGGGACAAAAGAACCGAAAGCUGAGACAGCAGAGGCCUUUCUCGAUCAUUUGGACUGCCAGCCAAGGUUCAGACUUGUAUCGAUUUCAGUGCCAACAGAUACCGACACCUCGCUGACAUCUUCUCUCUCGGAAAGCCAGCUGCUUUCACCGAGUGACUCGGAUGUCUUUGAGGAAGACCUGGAUGGACACAUAGUGCCGUUUCUGGACGACACCUCUGACACGGAGCAGGACUUUAGUGAAGAGCAUCUCUAUGAGGAGCCAGGGCAGAGCUCAGAGGGGGAAAAUGUGUUUCCUUUUCAUAAGAGGACAACAGACAUGCGCUCCCACUCAAUGUCACACCGCAUUAAUAAUAACGUGGAGAUGCAGUUUGUUCAGAGGCCCUACAUGAGUGGAUUCGGACAACCUGCGUUGAGUAGCAGCCCGAUGAUGAGCUCAACGCGACACAAAAGCUACAGCAAACCUCACUAUUUGUCCCUGUACCCCCGCUCCAUCUCCAUGGAGGGGCAUGACAUGCCUCUGGGUGUCCACAGCUUCAGGGAUGGAUCCCCAAGACAGGGAGGUGCCAUUUGUUCAUCUGGAAGUUUCUCACGGUGCUCACCUCUGUCAUCCAGUGGGCUGUCCACUCCCACAUCUGUAGUGGAUAUCCCUCCUCCAUUUGAACUGGCCUACAUCACCAAGAGGCCUAUCACAAAGAGUUCUCCAUCGCUUCUCACCGAAGGAGACUCGUCAGAGAAAAACAGGAAAAGUAAAUCCUCCAUUAAGCGUUUCCUGAUGCUCAAAUUUAGGCGGAAAACUGAGAGCAAGCCUGUGGUGGAUGUCAACCCAUCUUUGUUUAAAUAUUCAGGAGAGUCCAACCACCACACUCCCAGCAGACUGCUGGAUCUGGACAGACACAGCAUAAGUAGCUCUCCACAGCUCUCCUCUCGCUCUGCUAGUAAACUUCAUGUUUCCUCCGAUUCGCCCUCAACCUUCUUGCUCUACAGGGAUAGCAAAAUAAAAGGCAGCUCUGUGGCCUUUCUCAAUCGCAGCGUUGUCCGCGUGGAGUCCUUUGAGGACCGCUCCCGUGUGCCUUUCACACCUCUGCCACUGACCAAGCCACGCUCCAUCUCAUUCCCCAACGCAGUUACCUCAGACUAUGAGAAUGUUCCCGCCAUCAGCUCGGAUUACGAGAACCUUCAGGUCCCACAGCAGAGGCCCGUCCGACAGCCGCAGUUCACAGACUUCUUUGACCGUCCCAGUCGUAUGCUGUCCUCUGCCAACGACACUGAUGGUUACGUGGACAUGAGCAGCCUUCCUGGCUUCAAGAAUAGAACUCAGUCACCUGAAGAGGAAACAGAAAGUGCCUACACAGAAGCCUACAACGUGUGUUCAGCGGCCGUCGCUCCUCAGACUGUCUCAGUGCGCGAUGUCGGGGGAGAGAUGGGGGGUGAGGAAGACCAAGGACGCACCUCUGAGGAGGAAGAGGGGGUUGCAGACAGCAUUUAUGACAGACAGCCUGAUGGCCGAUCCAGAGCGUUUUACGUUGCAAAAGAGCUGGUGGAUACAGAAAGAUUACAUGUGAAAGCCCUCAAGCUCCUCCAGGAAGACUUUAGAGAAGCAGUGGGUGCGGCAGUCGGGGACGAGGGGGAGCCGGUGUUGGACGAUGAGAGGCUUCGUGAGAUUCUCAAUGAGCUGCCUGAUGUUUACACCCUGCACCGCCGAAUCCUCACCGAGCUGGAGAAUCGGAUCCGACACUGGGAGGAGAGCCAGAGGAUUGCAGACAUCUACCUCUCAAGGAAAGCAGAGUUCCUGCUUUUCACCACUUACAUCGGCCACUAUGAUCGCAGUAUGAACCUGCUGGACGACAGCUGCCGAACUUCACCGGCCUUUGCUGCCAUUGUUCACCAGUUUGAGCAGCAGAGUCCAGCUGGGGAAAAAGUGUCUCUGAAACAUCAGCUGCUGCAGGUCAUUGUACGUGUGGCUCAGUACCGCAUGCUCCUCACUGAUUACCUGAACAACCUCUCUCCUGAUUCCAAGGAAUAUAAAGACACCCAAGCUGCUGUGGCUGUAGUGUCUGACAUUGCAGAUCAAGCAAAUGACAGCUUAAAACAUGGGGAGAACCUGUUGCGUCUGGUCAACAUAGAGUACAGUGUUCGAGGCCAGCGGGACCUGCUGCAGCCGGGCAGGGUCUUCGUGAAGGAGGGCACCUUGAUGAAGGUCAGCAGGAAGAGUCAUCAGCCCAGACAUCUGUUUUUGAUGAAUGAUGUGCUGCUCUACACAUUCCCUCAGCAGGACGGGAAAUACAGACUGAAGAAUAACCUGCCACUCUCUGGCAUGAAGGUCAGUAAACCCAUAAUGGAUGAUGUCCAAAAUGCACUGAGGAUCGAAGUACCGGACAUCUCCAUCACUUUGUCUGCCGGUUCCUUCCUUGAAAGAGAAGACUGGUUUUACACUCUGAGCCGUACUGUGUCUGAACAUGAAAGGGGAUCUGUGGCAUUCAACAGCUGCUCAGGAGAGGCCAGAGAUUGUCUGCGUCUGACUCUUGGAGAGAAAGCCCCGACACUUGUCCCAGUCUCACAAGUGAUGAUGUGCAUGAACUGCACCUCAGAUUUCAGCCUCACUCUGCGUAGACACCACUGCCAUGGCUGCGGAAGAAUUGUUUGUCGGAGCUGCUCCAGAAACAGAUACCCACUGAAAUACAUGAAAGAUCGCAUGGCCAAAGUGUGUGAUCACUGUUACAACGAGCUAAAGAAGAGAGGGGGAGAUGUGUCUGCAGAAGUAAGAGGUAGCCCUCGUCUAAACCGCUCCAGUCGUCCUCUCUCUGCUGUGUUCCAAAACAUCCAUCCUCCCAACAUCUGGAGACAUCGGAAAGGCACCAUGUCCAUUAGCAAGGUGACAGUGUCAGAGGAAGGCUCCAUCAGUGGCGCUCUGCAGCGCAGCAAGAAAAGCAAGAGGAACUGGAAGAGACUUUGGUUCCUCCUGAGAGACAAGGUGCUUUACACCUACCGAGCCCAAGAGGAGAAAGUAGCAUCCGAGAGUUUACCUCUGCUGGGAUUCACAGUGAAGCUGCCUGACAAGCAGUGGGGAGAGGAGGAGACCAACAUCUUCCAGCUUUACCACAAAAACACUUUGUAUUACUCCUUCAAAGCUGAGGAUACCUACACAGCCCAGAGGUGGGUAAAUGCCAUGGAGGAAGCCACAGUUUUAUAGGAUCAGUAACUCCAGGUGGGUUGCCAGAUAUGGAAGUCCUCCACCCUUCGUCUGCUGCAGACAGACUGUGAAACCAAAACGAGAAGUUGGGGAGUUAUAAAAAGACAUUUGAUUAGAUCUGCAAUUUGUUACAUGUCUGGCUUGACUGAAAACAAAAAGAAGACAUGGUGUUCUUUGAAAGAGGACAUGAUUACCUACUUUGUCCACCUCCAGUGUCCCCUGCCUGCUGUUACAGCAGGUGUGUUGCUGAGACCACGAGAGGCGUUGGCCCAGAUAUGUACCUGCCAGAGUGGAACAUUACAUUGAUGUGGCCUGUAUUUCCCCCAGCAGCUGAUCAGAGACAUUCCUUCAAAUCAUGGAGAACAUAAUAGAUUUUUGGAGGAUAUUCUAUACUCUAUAUUCUAUGAUUUUAACUAUUUUUUCAAUUAAUAAAUCAUUCAAAAACUUAAUUUCCAGGGAAGCUGAAAAACACUUGCCCAGAUGUGGAAUGCCCUACAAUCAAUAAAAGUGAUCUAUCUAUACUAUCUACGUUAGGCCUUCAUUUCAAAACAUGUUGUUCCACUGGAUAAAUACAGUAUGGAUGUGCCUGUGGCUUUGCCCUGCUCUGUAUUGCUGGAGAUAGUCCUGCCACUGAAUAGACAGUUUUUAUGCUUUUUUGCACUGAAAAAUAAUUGAACCAGUAAAAUGAGUAUACUCCAUCACGGAGGUCAAAAGCUUCAGCUACUGUAUUUAAUUUAGCAUACACACUAUAUUCAAUAUUGUCAAUUAUGUCUUUAUUGUUUUAAAUACCUAGCACAAUUAGAAUGUAAAUUCUUAUUUGUAUAAAGACUCAACAUAGAUGUUUUUUUCGCUGGACUGAACCAUGGAUCACUGAUUUAACUGAUCUACAUAAUCAGUGUCUUCGUACUGUAACUGAUGAUUUAUUAAGCUUGAAUUUCUAACACUAUUAUUUUUAAACAAAGUAAAGGAGGUUUUAACUAUGGAAACAGUCUGUGUCUGUGUUUUCUCUGUAUACUCCUCAUGUCCUCUAGAUGGCAGGUGGACUAAACAUUAAAGUACAACAUGCUGGCAUUGA